AUGAUCGUCGCGAAAGAUGUCAAGCCCGAGAUAGUCCUCACCUCGCCCACCGAGUACGAGGCCUCCUCGCCCGGCGCGUCCGCCUCCGCGUCCUCCCCACCACUCGUCAUCAUGUCCCCGCCGCCCGAGCACGAGCAGCCCUUGCCCACCCCCGCCGCACACAUGGCCCCGCCCGCAUACUCCGUCCUCCCCGCCGCAGGCGCCUCGCACUCGCCGUCCUCUCCGCGCGGCAUCUCAGACGGCCCCACACUCGUCGGGCGCGAGCGCGAGCGCGGCUACGCGCCGUCGACGUCCUCGCGGUCGACGAACGAGCACAGCGCCGGGCACGCGUUCUCGCGCGGGCUGCUCGUGAUGGUGCUCUCGCCCGUCGCGGCGUUCCUCGCGGCGCUGUGGGGCGCGGGGAAGCUCGUCGAGGGGAUCGGGAAAGGGCUCUCGAUGGGCCCGGAGGCGGCGUACAAGGCACAUUUGGCGCGCGAAGAGCGCAGGAUGGAGCGGAAGGCGAAUCGGCGAGCUAAGGGGAGGAAUGCUCUUUGCUUUAAUGUGGGUUGCGGUGCACUACACCUUCCGGCCGAACGACACAGCAACGUCUGGACUUAUCGUGAGACGGUUACGUCUGGGAAACUUGUCGCAUGGAGCAUGAUAACACCGGAGGGGCCUGCACGAUGCGAGGACGACAUGGAGGAUAUCGAGGAGCCAGCUGAGCCCACUCCUCCGCCUCCUCCGCCUCCGUCACCUCCCCCGCCUCGAUACAGACGCACUGAACCGGGCAGCGCUGGCGAGAGCGACGGCCACUCCUCCUCCACCUCGAAUGACGCGGGGAACGGAGGUGCUGAAGCCUCCGCCAGGGACGGACCCGCGCUCGAGGCCGCGAAAGCGUUCGGCAUGGGGCUAGGAGCCAUCGUCGCCACACCCUUCGCGGUGGCCGGCGUCGGCAUCCUCGCAGCGGGUGCGACAGUGUGGGGUGCGGCGAAGGUCCUGCAGGGUGUGGGGGGUCUGAUUGCUGCGGGUCCUGAGGCGGCGGUAAGGGCGGCAGCGGGAGGCGGGCGGGCGGACGGGCGGGCGGACGGACGGGCGGGGGAAGCGCCGAAGGAGAGACAGAAGAAAGAUAAGAAAGGGUCGCGGGAGAGUAAGGACAAGAAGUGAAGGUGAUGAUCCGUAGUGCGAUUGUUUUGUUGCAUUCUGUCUGUCCGUCCACGUAAUUUCAAGUCUGUAGUCAUCGCGCUAUGUACGGCUAUGUUUGUAGCAUCGAAAAUGCAUGUGUACCAUCGGUUGACAGCCACCACAGUUUGCACAUGGUUGCAGAAUGCCGAUGUGCUGUACUGAGUACUGACCACGACGUCGUUGAUGCUGGAAGAACUUGAGAGACCUGGCCUGAAGCCGCGGAGAAACCGUACCGCUCGGAUAGCCUGUGCGCAGAAUACCUCUCUUCCGGGCCUAGGCGUCCGUCGCCAAGAACUGGAGAGUAAACUGCGCUGAGAGUGCUUCGAAAACUGUAGCCGCAGCACAACACAACCCCAACGCGAAGUUCUGUAUAGCCGCAAAGGCUUGCCCGAAAGACUCAGAUCUUCAGAACCCCGUUCGCCACCGCCUCGUAAAAGCCAUGACGAAAGGGGAUCGCUGCG